AUGUGCAAAAGGAGCAGCAACAUCGGUGUGGAGAGAAGCCGCUGUCUUUUCAUAAUGCCUUCUUCAUACUAUCUGAUAAUUGGGGUGGCAUUCAUCUUCCACACUCAUGGAAUCCCAUGGACGAAGGAAAAGCUCCGUCACAGAGCUGUUACACUGACAGAUGAUGAGAUCAGGGCUGCUCUGAAUCGCACUGAUCUCGAAGAGAUGUGGGAGAAGUUUCUGAAGCCUCUGCUGGUUGUCAGGUACCCCGGGUCUACAGGCAACCAGGCUGUACAGGAAAAUAUAAAAACCACCUUUAGUUCCCUCGGAGCAGGCUGGGAAGUGACAACGGAUAGAUUUGAAUCAGAUACACCUUACGGCCGACUUCCGUUCUCCAACCUGAUCGCCACACUGAACCCAUCAGCGAAGCGCCGCCUGGUUCUGGCCUGUCACUACGAUUCCAAAUACUACCCACCUCAGUGGCAUGGGAAGGAGUUCCUGGGUGCUACAGACUCUGCUGUGCCCUGUGCCAUGAUGUUGGAGCUGGCACGAGCCCUGGAUGAAGAACUGAAAGCUCAGAAGAGCUCCAACUCCAACCUGACCCUGCAGCUGAUCUUCUUCGAUGGAGAGGAGGCUCUUUUCCAGUGGACCUCCACAGAUUCCCUGUACGGCUCUCGCCACCUAGCUGAGAAGAUGCAGGCCACUCCACACCCUGAAGGAGCCACAGACACCAACCAACUGCACGGCAUAGAUCUGUUUGUGUUGUUGGAUCUUAUCGGGGCUCCUACUCCUCUCUUUGGAAACAAGUUCCCAGAGACAAAACCGUGGCUCAGCAGGCUGCAAAGCAUCGAGAAACGCCUGCACUCCAUGAACCAGCUUGUGGAGCAUCCUAACAGCGUGCAGUAUUUCUGGCCUGGUGUUUCUGUAGGCCAUGUUUUAGACGAUCAUGUACCGUUCCAAAGUAGAGGUGUUCGGAUCCUCCACCUCAUCCCUGCUAGUUUUCCAUCCGUAUGGCACAGGUUUGAGGAUGACGAAGAAAACCUGCAUCGUCCCACAAUCAGAAACCUCAGCAAGAUCCUUCAGGUUUUUGUUCUGGAAUAUCUCAAUGCCAGACCUACCGUCCCUACAAACCCUCAAAAUGCCCCAUAAAACCUCCUUAUCUUCUUUAUAGUGUAUCUUGAAACACUGUAAACGUCCAGCUUACUCAGCUCUACUCAACAUAUGAACAUCCACU